UGCCGUCGCAGCGCUGAAGAGCGUCUGAAGAGAGUAAUGGCAUGAGCCUUGCGUCGAGAUCCUGUCAAAGCACUAAACAGCAAAUUUCUCGCACCUGAACUUUUACAUUCUUUCCUGAGGACUAUUUUACCAUUUAAACUGGACGUCUUAUUUCCUUAUUUACACUGACAAGCAACAGCAGCACUUGAGAAGUCACUCCACCGCAGUUGCGUUCCUGUCUUAAGACAUUUAAAAUAAAAGGAUAUGGUGUUGGACAUGUGAAACACACGGGCAACUUCAAACAUGAAGCUGGCAUCUUCUCUGUGUUGCCUCGGGUUUCUUCUCACUUCUGUGGCGGUCCGUCUGAGCGACUCGCAGCAAGUAUGUACUGGCACAGAGAAUAAACUGAGUACUCUAUCAGACCUGGACCAGCAGUAUCGGACCCUUCGUAAAUACUAUGAGAACUGCGAGGUGGUGAUGGGUAACCUCGAGAUCACCAGCAUCGAUCGCAGUCGUGACCUGUCAUUUCUUAGGUCCAUUCGUGAGGUGACCGGCUAUGUGCUUGUGGCGCUAAAUCAGUUUGAAUAUCUGCCUCUGGAGAAUCUUCGCAUCAUCCGCGGCACCAGGCUGUAUGAAGACCGCUAUGGCUUGGCUAUCUUCCUCAACUACCGCAGAGACGGCAACUUCGGUCUCCGUCAGCUUGGCCUUAAGAACCUCACAGAAAUUCUGAAUGGAGGUGUGUACGUGGACCAGAACAAGUUCCUGUGUCAUGCUGAUACCAUCCACUGGCAGGAUAUAGUGAAGAACGCCCGCCCUGAUCACCUGGUUGUGCCGUCUAAUAGCAGCAGCUUCUGUCAAAGGUGUCAUAGAGCAUGUAAUGGACGCUGCUGGGGGCCAAAGGAGGACCAGUGUCAGAGCUUGACGAAGACGGUGUGUGCCGAGCAGUGUGAUGGCCGCUGUUUUGGGCCGUACGUCAGUGACUGCUGCCAUCGUGAAUGUGCUGGAGGCUGUUCAGGACCAAAGGACACAGACUGCUUUGCCUGCACUAACUUCAACGACAGCGGUGCAUGUGUGACGCAAUGCCCACAGCCCUUCGUCUACAACCCCACCACGUUCCAGCUGGAGCACAACCCACGGGCCAAAUACACAUAUGGAGCCUUCUGCGUCAAAAAGUGCCCACAUAACUUUGUGGUGGACCACAGCUCCUGUGUCAGAGCCUGUCCCAGCAACAAGAUGGAGGUGGAGGAGAACAGGAUCAAGAUGUGCAUCCCCUGCACUGAUAUCUGCCCUAAAGCAUGUGAUGGGAUUGGCACUGCCAGCCUUCAGACGUCUCAAACCGUCGACUCCAGCAACAUCGACAGAUUCAUCAACUGCACCAAGAUCAACGGAAACCUGGUGUUCCUCAUCACAGGCAUUAAAGGGGACAUAUACCACAACAUAGAGCCCUUGGAUCCAGAGAAACUCAAUGUGUUCCGCACCGUUCGAGAAAUCACUGGUUUUCUAAACAUUCAGUCCUGGCCAGAAAACAUGACUGAUUUGAGUGUCUUCUCCAAUCUGGCAACCAUCGGAGGCAGGUCUCUCUACAGUGGCAUCUCUCUUCUGGUGCUGAAGCAACAGUGGAUUUCAUCACUGCAGCUGCAGUCUCUUAAUGAGAUCAGUGCUGGAAACGUGUAUGUCACCAACAACAGCCAACUCUGCUACUACAACACCGUCAACUGGACACGACUCUUCCGCACCAACACCCAGAAGGCCCUGAUCCGCAACAACCGCGACCCCAAGGAGUGCAUUUUGGAUCGUAUGAUAUGUGACCCGCUGUGCUCUGAUGCUGGCUGCUGGGGUCCGGGGCCCGACCAGUGCCUGUCCUGUCGGUUCUUUAGCAGGGGACGCACCUGUGUUGAAUCCUGCAACCUGCACGAAGGACUGGCCAGCUCUAGGCCCAAGCUGCUCACCAGGCCUUAUGUGGUCGAGAAGCGGGAGGCGGGUUUGGAGAGGGAUGUACGUGAGUUCGCAAAUGGUUCAGUGUGCUUGGAGUGUGACGCACAGUGUGAGGUGGCAGAUGAUGACGGUCUUACCUGCACUGGGCCUGGUCCUGAUCACUGUGUUAAAUGUCUUCACUUUAAAGACGGACCCAACUGCGUGGAAAAAUGCCCUGAUGGCCUACAGGGAGCAAACAGCUUCAUCUUCAAAUAUGCUGAGGCCAACAAUGAGUGUCACCCCUGCCAUGUCAACUGCACCCAGGGAUGCACAGGGCCUCGUCUGCAAGACUGCAUUGGCAUGAUGGACAGGACUCCCCUCAUUGCGGCUGGGGUUAUUGGGGGAUUGUUUGUGGUGAUCAUCGUGGGGCUGAGUGUUGCUAUAUCAGUCAGAAGGAAGAGCAUCAAGAAGAAGAGAGCCUUGAGACGCUUCUUGGAGACUGAGUUGGUAGAGCCUCUGACGCCCAGCGGUGCAGCCCCAAACCAGGCCCAACUGCGCAUUCUGAAAGAGACCGAGCUGAAACGGGUGAAGAUUCUGGGAGCCGGGGCCUUCGGCACCGUCUACAAGGGCAUCUGGGUUCCUGAGGGUGAGACUGUGAAGAUUCCCGUUGCCAUAAAGAUCUUGAACGAGGCGACGGGCCCCAAAGCCAAUGUAGAGUUCAUGGAUGAAGCUCUGAUCAUGGCCAGCAUGGAGCAUCCUCACUUGGUGCGUUUAUUGGGUGUGUGUCUGAGCCCCACCAUACAGCUGGUCACUCAGCUCAUGCCCCAUGGCUGUCUGCUGGACUACGUGCACGAACACAAAGACAACAUCGGCUCCCAGUUACUGCUCAACUGGUGUGUUCAGAUCGCCAAGGGUAUGAUGUACUUGGAGGAGAGGAGACUUGUGCACAGGGAUCUGGCAGCUCGGAACGUCCUAGUGAAGUCAUCCAACCAUAUAAAGAUCACUGACUUCGGUCUGGCUCGCCUUCUGGAUGCAGAUGAGAAGGAAUACAACGCAGAUGGUGGCAAAAUGCCCAUAAAGUGGAUGGCCUUGGAGUGUAUCCACUAUAGGAAAUUUACCCACCAGAGUGACGUAUGGAGUUACGGAGUGACUAUCUGGGAGCUAAUGACUUUUGGAGGAAAGCCGUACGAUGGAAUCCCUACCCGAGAGAUCCCUGACCUGCUGGAGAAAGGAGAGAGGCUUCCUCAACCUCCCAUCUGCACUAUUGAUGUCUACAUGGUCAUGGUCAAAUGCUGGAUGAUAGAUGCAGACAGCAGACCAAGAUUCAAGGAGCUUGCAGCAGAGUUCUGCCGAAUGGCAAGAGACCCACAACGUUACCUAGUCAUCCAGGGGGAUGACCGCAUGAAGCUGCCCAGCCCCAAUGAUAGUAAGUUCUUUCAAAGUCUGCUAGAUGAGGAAGAACUGGAAGAUCUGAUGGAUGCCGAGGAGUAUUUGGUGCCACAAGCCUUCGGUAUUCCUCCACUGGCAUACACAACCAGAUCACGCAUGGACCCCAACAGAAACCAGUUCGCAUACCAGGACGGCAGCUUCGGCAUGGAGGAGAUGAUGGCCACUAUCCCGCGGGUCGUGGCUGUGUCCGCGGUCAGCCCAGGCUGUUCCGCUCAGAAGCAGUCUAUGGCCCAGCAGGGGGCCUCAGGGUCCUCUGAGGCAUUUGAGGACAGUCGCUGUAAUGGCACUCUCAGGAAGAAGGCUUCACCCAGGGCGAGCACUGGGGAGGACAGCAGUGGCCAGCGGUACAGCGCAGAUCCAACCGUGAUACUGUGUGAGCGUGGAGCCAGAGCUGAGCCCGACCAGGAUGGAUACAUGAGCGCUAUGCAGGACAAAAAGCCCUCAGAUUAUCUCAACCCUGUGGAGGAGAACCCCUUUGUCACCCAUCGCAGAAAUGGAGAGGUCCACACUCUGGAGCGAGGUUACCACAGCACCUCCAACGGGCAGCCCAAGAUGGAGGAUGAGUACGUCAAUGACCCGCUGUACCUCAACACCUUCCAUAACUCUGGAGAAAAAAGCCACGACAUUCUGAGGAAGAACGGAGCCCCUGUGGCGCACACGUCAGUGGCAGCAGCAGUAGUAGCAGCAAAUACUGGAACUUCCAACAGCCAAAAUCUUUCCCAGACCAUGCAACCAGCAGCACCAAGUGCACACAUCACAACACAGCCGCUGUACCAAGGCAAACAAAGCAUUUCCACCCUCUCAGGCCACACCCUCCACUCCGCCCAUCCCGGACACACCCUCCACCCAACACACACCCUCCAUCCUGCUCACUCCGGGACCAUCAAAGCCGACAUAAAGCCCAAAAAGACAUUUGACAAUCCUGAGUACUGGCAGCACAGUCUUCCCCCCAAGGCCACUCUCCACAACCCCGAGUAUCUGCAGGACUGCAGCACACGCUUCUUCUAUCGGCAAAACGGCCGGAUCCGACCCGCCGUGGCCGAGAACCAGGAGUACCUGUCGGAGUAUGCGCUAAAACCGGGCACCGUGUUGCCGCCACCUCCCUACCGCCAGAGGAACACUGUUGUGUAGCAACAACGACCGAGAGAAAGAAGGAAAGAUGGAGGUAAAGAGAGAGUCAUAGUGUGUUCUCACCCUGGCUCUCACACCAGCAUCCUGAUCUCUCCGCUCCUCUCUGAACUGGAUUUAACACCCAACCUCCAACGACCUGGAACUGAUCCACUUGGGUGAGCUUCUCCUCCAGAGGCACUGGUCACAUAUGACCACAUCAAUCAAAGCUCCUUCCUGCUUGUCUCUCCUCACUCCGAUCCCCAUUAAGACCUUUCCCUCUACCUGACCCCACCUAUUGAAAAGCGAUACUGUUCCCAACAUAAAAUACUGUAGAUGUUACGCUCAUCUCAUUGAAAGCAAGUACUGAUUAUGACAUGCAACGUGGGUCGAUCCAAUAGCAGAGAGGAGUCAUUCUUUUGUGCAAUUACAGAAAUGUUUAUCAUUUAUCUUGUUUUUGGGAUUUUUAUUUGAAGCUAUUAUAUGAUCUGUUGUAAUUUAUGACUUUGGUUAGCAUUAUUUGUUUUAGCACUCCAUACAUGAUUAUAUGAGACAGAUGUGUUGUACUCGAAAUAUCGUCAUGGGCCCUUGAGACAACAGGGCCCAAAAAGGUCCUUGAUGUCGCCUACUAACUGAAACUCAUAAAAAUGUAAGCGACAGGCCUGGUUGUAUGUUACAUACAAAAACAUAUGUUCAUUACAGUGUGGUGUCAACCAGGACCUUUGAUCACAUCCUUCUCGGAUCUUCAAAAGACAACACAUUGUGUGAUGUUCUGUUCGAAAUAUCUCCAUAAUUCAUCUGGUUUUAUGCACAUAUAUCAUAUUACUCAAACAAGGCACUUUUUAUUACUUAUAUUGAGCCGUACUUAUAAUUCGCAAGACUGGAACGAUUCACAACUGGAAACAGUCCAGCGGUCCGCAUUAGAGGUCUGUAAAACUACUUGUGUAAAGGCAAUUUGAUGAAGAGAAGCACUCCGUGCUGAGAACAGUAUCAGCCCGCAUAUGAACGAGACCGUACCACAGCCCGCCACAAAAUCAAUAACUUCAUAAAAGCAGAUCUGCAACAGUCUACUGUAAUAACAUUUUUAUUGUCGAUCUAGCCAGCAUUGAUCUGUACGCUCACGGAGUUGUCACCUUAAGGUAGCCUUCCUUAUUUUGUCAUUUAAUGUGUGGAAUAAAAAACCCAGAUUGGGUCUACCUUGAACUUUAGAAGCUAAAAUCAAUACUAGCGACCAACAGCGUCCACGUAGACGGAUCUACUGCGGCGAAUGGAUAUUUACACAGCUACGGAGGCCCAGGUUUGCACGGAAGACUCAACAGCACACAACGCCUGGCUCCAGUUCUGAAAUACGGCCGGAAAACUGUUACAACUGUAUAAACUUUAUCCACGUGCGAGUCGAUGAGAUGCACAAGACUUGCGACCAAGAUGGCAGCUUUUUGUAGCUGGGUACAUUUAAACUGCAACAAUGAGGGACAUUUUGAAAUCGAGAAGACAAGGAGUACCAUCAUACAGUACUAUGAGGAACAAAUGAGAACGUAUGAAUGGAAUAUUUGCCCCGAGGUCAGAGAUGAGACUGCCUCAAAUCUGUCAUCUCCAUUUGAACUGUCUCCCUUAACAACUUUUCUAUAAGAAGCAUCUCAUGGAGCCACACGGAUACAAGUUAAGGAAGAUAACGCAGCUUAUGUGAGCAUGUUGGAAAACAACUGCUACAUCUUCAAUACCAACCACGCCAUCCCGGUUUCUAGGGCCAGGUUCAUGUAUAGUUUUGAACACUGCCAGUCACUAUGCUUUUCUGCAAAGAGGAAUAAUAAUGAUGUUGUGUUGCUGGUUUGGAGAUGUGAAAUGGUUUUAUAGCACUUACAGCCUGGCACAGCCGCAUGAGUUUGUUUUAAACACCAACGGCACUGAUUGAAUACUCAUUUAUUAUAAUCAUAGCUCACAUGACGAUAGCAAACACCACCCGCCAACAUGCGUUUGUUUUGCUCUGUCAUUUUUUUUCCUUUUGUAUGAAGGUUUACGGAUACAUGGAGCACUUUAAUUAAUGAACAUAACAAAGAUAGAGUGGAGUUCCUUUCAUUGUGGAUAUUGCUGUUCCCAUGUGAUAACAGAUUAGACAAAUGACAUUUUUGGCUCUCUACUGGAAACGAAAUCAGGGAAUGUUAGUGAUGCGCAGUAAUUUUGCCAAACACAGAUGUUUACUAAUUGAAGUAUUAAUCUCAAGCUUUUAACCUUAAAAAUAAUAUGAUUAGAGCAGAAUUUAAGUUGGGUUGCAGUAAAAGAACGCUAAGAUUACCUAUAACAAUAAUAUAAGACGUCUUUACAAGAUGAAACUGAUACUUGAAACUGCUUAAUUUUAGCUCCUAUAGAAUUUGGAAAUGUUUUAAAAGUUAUGAAGUACAUACAGUGUGUAGAACUAAGGCCAAAUGAUAUUUUUAUUCUUUUGUUAUUUGUAUUUGUGACAAACCCAAUGCAUAGUUAUGUAAAGGCUUUUGGUUAUGGUUAUGAAAAGCUUAAAGUAGUACAACCUCCAUGAAAACCCUCUUGCUUAUUGUUCCAAGAGGGUUGAAGCUUUCAAUUGCCAUAUGGGGGAUGGACAGCUCUUCUCUCAACCCAAUUAAAGACAAGAACCUCAUGCAUAUGCUACUGAUAACAUCACCGCAGGUCAGGGUGUCUAAAUCUACAUAUGUAGCAACUGCUGUGAAUACAGGGUGGGGAAAGAUCUACUAAAUCUUUCGAGUGAGGAACAACUACACCAAAAUGGAGGGGAAAUGUGAUAUGAGAGACUGUUUGCAAAGGCUUUCACAGUUAAAGACUGUUAGAGGAUGGGACUCAUUAUAUUUGGAAACAUUUCCACUUUCUGGGAAAUGAGAUUUAGUUGGAACACAAACAUUUUGUCUCGCUGCACAUUGUUAAUUGGUGACUCACUUUUAUCAAAAUCUAGGAGAACACAAGACAGACAUCUUGACAUGAACUUGUGUAAAUAUAACUGAAUGGACUUUGAGAUAAUUAUGUGAAGAGUGGUGAGAUAUUGGUGAAGGCUUAUAUUCCCUUUUUUUUGCAUAAAAAGAUCUGAUGGGUGAGUUCACUAAGAAUGAAACCACUGAUAACGCUUAUUUGCACACGUGACCGAUUCACUAAAAUAAUUAUGCAGAUCAGGUAACGGUACAAAUGCACAGAGAAUCUGUGUUGAAUGCAAUUUGUAAAUCCCGAUCUUGGUUGUGAAUAAUGUAGGAGACUUGAAUCUCCAGCACUGAGAUCCAGACACUUGAAUCAACUCUUUAUAAUGCUUAAAGUGCACUUUACUACAGCUCGCAUCUGGAUAUAUGACUGGUGGUAAUGUUCUUCUCCAUCACUCAAUCAUCAUUUGAUGAAUUAUGUACGCAAAAUGUACGCUAACAUCUGCUUAUAUUGUAAAAUGGCCUGAUUUCUGUCAGGAGUAAUAGGUCAAUAGCAAUGAGUUAAGUUGAAUUUACAUAAUGCGUGUUUGUGCUGAAAACAAUGACUUCAUUUAAAUAAAGCGCGGAACUAUUUUACCACUUUUAGCGUAUGGUUGAACUUGAUUGUGGGUGAUUGGUUAGAAAGUACAGGGUUUUGAGUUUAAAAAAGUGGUGCAACUGUUUAGGCCCCGUUUACACUAGUGCGUUUUUGUUUUAAAAUGGUGUUUUAAAAUGAAAACGAUCCUCGUAUACACUGGCGUUUCCACAGCGUGUCAGAAACAAUCUCCGUCUACACUACACGGCCGAAAACGCUUGUCACAUGACUGUUCAUGCACACUGGGCAUCCGCGUACAAGUGUAAACAAUUGCCUCUUGCGCAUGUAGGUAGCUGCAGUAUUAAAAAAAAAAAAUGCAGAGUUUAACGGCACAAUGACUGCUAAAAAUGACAACAAAGCCAGCAAAGAUUGCAGUUCAGUCUCCAUGUUACUGUUUACACGGUUGUUAAGGAUACACAGAGCGAACAUGGGCAGCCACGCCAUCGUUUUCAAAAGUCUCCGUUUAUACUGAAACACAACCCCGACAUUUUCAAACUAAAAUGGGGUCUGCAGCGUUUUCGAAAGUCUCCGUUUUUGAGGUUCGAAAACACCGGCGUAUUGUAAACGACAGGUGUAACCAUAGCAAAACUUGUGUGUUUUAAAACGAAAACGCACUAGUGUAAACGGAGCCUUAGUGAAUUUACCCAUUGAUCUUUUUUUUUUUUCCUCCCUCAUUUUUAAAACAACACAUUUGUCAGCUAGUUGUAAUAUAUGUGAUUUAGGCACAUAAAAUCCCCUUCAUAAUUCUAAAGGGAUUUAUAAAGACCCUGCCAUCUUUUAUUUUACAGUAUAGAGAGGCAAUAAGCUUUACAAAAUACAAUGUAUUUCAGUUUAUCACAUUACUGUUAGGGUACUUAUAAUAUGUUAGGGCAUUUAAUGUUUAACACAAAUUAAUUUGCAGUGUUAUUGAGUCUACCAUUGCUGAUCUGAUCAUGCAUAUUUGCAUAUCAAAUUUGCAGUGUCAGAUGGAAACAAGCACAAGUUGUUCUUUUGGGUCCUUCUCAUUAGUUGUGUCAAGGUAUUCGGAAAGUAUCGGUAGACUAAGCACAGUUUAAAAAGUCAUUUUAUAUCACAAAGGACAAAUAAAGGGAAGAAAAACAUCUUCCUGCAACAUUGACAUUUGGAAUGGUUGUUCCUCAUGAUUUUACUACUGUACGUCAAUGAGAAAAUGUGAAUAGUAUUUUUAUAGACAGUUGAAUUGGCCAGAUGUAUUUGUAAAUAGCUGGGAAACUUGCGCUCUUUUCGACUGACCUUUUUUUCCCCAUUAUGUUUUGUUCACUUAUAUUGUGUGUGACUGGUUAUUCUUAUUUGAUGGCUGUAUAUAUCUGUAAUUUGAACAGCACAUAUUUGAUUUUGUAGAUCUUGCAGGUUCUUUUAGUACUUCGGUGUGUUUUUUCGUGACCGUAUGUAGCCCGGCUUGGUGCUUUUUGUGUUCUUUAACCUCUGCCAAUGCUCAAGAGGUAGAUGUUUUCUUUCAGUCAGGUAUAGCCUCCCCGGUUCACCCCACAAUUUUCUCUUUUUGUACAGAAUCCAGCGUGGGGAAUCUGCAGCUGUGUGACGAUAGCAUUUGUAUCUCCCAGAAAUCUCUCUCAGCUCCAGUUAGGCUUUUCCUGACUUUAGUCCUGGUCAUAUCGGUAGUGUCUAGUUCUUUCUCAGUAUAUAAUUCAUAAUCGUGCACGAUCUCCCAUCUCUUUUCACAUCUGCAGCCAACCACGCGGUGAGCUCAGGCUUAGCCGAGGGUUGCGAGCGCAAACACGGUGAAAAAUGAAGGCAAAAGCUACAGUCCCUGAGCUCAACCUUCUCAAAUACAUCCGCCACGGUGAUCCUCCAAGAGAUUCAUAAGUCAGAGUUUAUUAUUCAUGCUGUCAAGAGGACUAAUUGCCUGGAGUGUUCAUUUGGCCGUAUUGUUAUUGAGUGACGGCUCGUCAAAACUGAAGUCAAGUCUUGUCAUUCUUGAUCCAGGCAUACAGUGAGAGUUGAGACGCCCAUCUUCAGCUCUGGUCACAGUAACUUUCUCCACCACAGCUUUCCCAUUCCCCAAAGCUAGAGCAUUUAAAUACUGUUUCACAGUUUUGUUACCUGAAUCUAUAUUUUUAAUUUAAUAUAAAUAAAUAAAUACAACACCUGA